AGAGAGAGAGAGGAGGGCAGUCCAAGCAGGGAUAAUUACACGAGUGGGGCAGCGCUGGAGGACAACAUCCGACGCUGAGGAAAAAGAAAAGAAAAGAAUCAGGGGGGAGAAGGACAAAAGCCGCAUAACAAUAUCAGCGGAGGGAAAUAAGAGUCUAAAUCGAACAUCAUCAGCGCUGACGUCCAGCGUUGGCAGAUGCGAGCAGUUUCCGCUGGCUGUCAGCAUCCACUUAUACAAUGGACGAGCUCAGGCUGUGGACACUGAACCGCUGCCCAGCCAGGAGAGAGUGAAAAAGGAGAAAGAGAAGAGGAGGAGGAGGAGGAGGAGGAGGUGGGGGAAACAAUGUUUUGGCUCAUUGCUCUGCGGUGAUUUGAAGUGGUAUUCAUCCAUUUCUUUCCAGCCAAGUCAGGAGUGAGGAUACUGCUGCCAAGAUCAAGUGUCCCUUUACGCAGGGAGACGGUUUUGUUUGUCCCUUGAGGCCUACUGUGAAAGCGCCAUGGUCCUCUUGUGGCUCUCCAGCCUCACCGUGACCAUCCUAGCCUUCCUCCCACCGCCUUCGCAGGGAUGUCCCUCCGGCUGCCGCUGCUACAGCCUCACUGUGGAGUGCGGAUCUCUGGGGCUCAAAGAAAUCCCACAGGGUGUCCCCUCUGUCACUCAGACGAUUUUCCUUCAGGACAACGCUGUGGUCCAGAUCCGUCUCCAGGACUUGUCUCGUCUGGGUCAUCUGCAUUACCUUUAUCUCCAGAACAACAGUAUCUCGGCCCUGGAGCCCGGGGCCUUCCUCAGCCAGGGGGAACUUCUAGAGCUGGCCCUCAAUGGCAACCUCAUCCACUUGGUCACCCCAGACAUGUUUAGGGGUCUGGAGCACCUCCGGAUCCUCUACCUGGCCGGCAACCAGAUCACCCGAGUCCAGGACUACACCUUUAGAGGACUCCAGCGUCUGCAGGAACUCCACCUGCAGGAGAACAGCAUAGAGCUGCUAGCAGAGCAAGCUCUGUCUGGCUUGUCAUCUCUUGCCCUGCUGGACCUCAGCAGGAACCACCUCCGCACCCUUGGACCCUCCUCCCUCAAACCCCUGGUCAGCCUGCAAGUGCUUCGAGUCACUGAGAACCCAUGGCGCUGUGAUUGUGCUCUGGGUUGGCUGAGAAAAUGGAUCAGCGAGGAGGGUCAGCGUCUGCUGAGCUCUGCUGAACAACGCCGGCUGAUGUGCUCUGAGCCGCCUCGCCUCUCCCAUCUCAGUCUAGUGGAAGUGGCUGCCAACAGUCUAGUCUGCAUCCCGCCUGUGGUGCAGUUAGAGCCCAGUCACCUGACUGUGCGCCUGGGAGAGAGCCUCCGUGUCUCCUGUCAGGCCUCAGGCUACCCUCAACCUCAGGUAACAUGGAGGAAGGCUUCCCAUGGCAAGACCCAAUUAUCGCCCCGUGGCCUUGUCCAGGAGCUCGGACCCAAUGGAGAGCUCUUCAGGCCUGGCACUGGAGGACUGGUGACAGCCCAGCCCAGUGGUGGACUUGGCAAGAUUCGCGGACUUGUGCGUGGGACUGAGGAGGGCGGUGAGCGUGAUAGCUUUGACCCAGACACGGGCAGUGGCAUGCUGUUCCUCAGCAAUGUGACGGUGGCACAUGCUGGGCGCUAUGAAUGUGAGGCCUGGAACCCUGGAGGUGUGGCUAGAGUGACCUUUCACUUGGCCGUCAACAUGUCCUCGUCGUCAUCCUCAUCUCAGUUCUGGCCUCGUUUAAACUCGCACUCUCUGUCAUCCUCCUCUAACUCCUACUACCACCCAGAGGUUCUGGAUGUGAGCCAGGAACCUCUGUAUGAGCAAGAGAGCAUGGACUUUAAUGCUCUGGGCCCUGCCACACAGACAGCCAUCGCUGUGGGCAUCUCCUUGCUGGCCCUCACUGCUCUUCUUCUGCUGGUUAUGAUCUACACUCGUCACCAGCAGCGCCGGAAAGAAGAGGGCGGCUCCUACUGCACAAGCAAGGAAGAGAGCAUCCUUUAUGUAAAUGACUACUCCGACGGACCCACCACCUUCGCUCAGCUGGAGGAGUACCGUGAUGACCACGGUCACGAAAUGUAUGUGCUCAACCGUGCAAAGCCUGUCCUGGGGUCCACUUCAGGCAGGUGUCCCAUGAAGACUGGAUAUGGCCAGCAGAAGGGCAUGAAGGAGGCUCUCCUGGACCAUGAAAUGGUGCAGACACUGACCAGAUCGGGGGGAAUGGGGCUUCGCAGGAACCCAGCAGAAGGUGGAGAGGGACCCCUAACCACAGACCCCGAGGAGCUCUUCAUCAAUCAGAGUCUCCUGUUUGGGACACAGGUUGCCUAUGAGAUCCACUGCUAAGGGACUUUGAUUUUAUUGUGAUAGUUAGAAAGUGUUUAAGUUCAUGGACUUGAUUUAAAAACUGAAUCAAAUCUAAAAGAAGCACUUAUCCACAGUGUGGUCUUCGCUGGCAAAAGAAGGGAGAGCUGUUAAAUGCAGUCAACUUGGGACAGAGGUCAUUACGAGAGGACCACAACCAGCCUCCCAGAGACUCUCAUCUGUUUGAUUGUCUGAUAAGAAGAUGGGACAGCAGCAUCCCUGAAAAAAUAAAGGCAAAAAAAUAAGGAACUUUUAUUUUAUCUUUCUAUUCCUGGCUCAGUCCUGUCAAAAGAAUUCAGCGUGGCUAACCUUGUUAGACCUGGUUGGUUGGACAUCUAAACCGGAUCCUCAAAAAAGCCAAAACAACAUCAAACAAUGGCAAAUAACUGAAUACUGUUUGAGAUUGUGGUUUAUGUUUUGUACCUAAAUGUCUGUUCCUCUUUUUCUGUGUGUGUUUUGUCAGUGUAUAGUGCAAUUAUAAUGAAAUUGAUUUUAACUGUGAAGUACAGUUGGCUUUGUUUCUGUGGAACAUGUUCCAACUCCCAUUAGAGUUUGCCCUAACCAGUCUCCUCGUACUGCAAAAGCGUUGUUAUUACCCAUAUGUGUGAGUAGGCGUGGGUGGGUGGAUUUGUUUUAAGGGGUUCUUUCUGGAUACAGCAGCAAGUCAUUUUUUAAGCAUUUCUACCAUUCCAGUGUAUUCCUUGAUGUUAAUGUGCUAUGGGUUUUUUUUUUCCACUUGUUUGUUGCAACACUAGAACAGCAAAUAUACUUCCAUGUCUGACUAAAUUUAUUGCUUUUAGUGCAAUUAAUUCUUGCAGUCGCAUUCUGUAACAACCAUUCUGAUGUCAGUGUCACACAUUUUGUCUUUGGUUUCUAAGUAAUAAAAUGUAUUUUAAAAGAA